CAAACAAGGGCCGCAUAGCUCGUCACAGUAUUACAGUUUGUGCUGAUCAUUGCUUGGAGCAUGCGGGAGCAGACACGGUCUGGAAUGGCUGACUUUCGCACAGACUUCCAGCCCGACCCGUUUUCCUCCAUUCGCUCGCAUGCUUGGUUUGUUUAAUCAGUUUGCACUGCUGCUCAGUUGAGUUCGUGCCAUGGUUCGCGGUUACUUUCGCACUGCUGGCUCCACCAGGGCGACCAGACCGCAUGAAGUUCGCUUAGCGCGCAGCUGCUAAAAUCCAUGUAGCCAUAUGCCAGAGAAUGCGAUACCUUGCGCUCUGCGGGCAAGCCAAAUGCUAGUUCCGGACGCUGCUGGAUCUUAAACGUUCUUGUCGUCGAUGAGCCAUUUUGAGAGCGUAUUUUGAGGCUGCUACCAGAUAGCCAUAUGCACCAUCAACAGAUCAUAGGCUCCUAUCUUUUCGAUUUUAGGAAGGCUGCGCCGCACGGGGCGUGAGAGCAACCUGCGCUGCUCGCUUGCUGCACGCACGGCGGGCGCGCGUUGUGAGGCAUGCCCACAAACAUAUGGCCAUUUCUGGCCAAUACAGCCGCUUCACAAGCCGCGUCUGCCUCGGCGAGCCCGAGUGCCCCAACCGCCGCUGCGGAGCCAGCUGGGAACCUGGCGGGGCCAGGCGGCCCCCAGGGCCCCACAGCCGACGAUGCCUCGGCGCCAUCUUCACCAACCGCUGCCGCUACGCCUGCCCAUCCUGCUCUUUCCCAGGAUGACCCGCAGACUACUGCCACUGCCCCAAGUGGCGUGACAGCACCAAGCAGCCCUGACGGCGCCACAGCAACGCCGACCAGCAGCAGCGCCGGCGACGAUCCGGUCGAUGCAUGCAUCGUUGCCAUAGCGCCGGCGGGCCUUGGCUCCGGCGCCACUGAAGCCUCCAGCUCUCCUAACGUUGUGAAGGAGCUGCCAGCUGACCCAAAGCCCCGCGGUGCCGUCAAUGCUACCCCCAGUAGCAGCGCCGGCGACGGCACUGGUGGGCGCGCCGCUGGCAGCGUUGGUGAUGUGGAUAUCACCCACGCAGCAGACGGUGCUGUUGCGAACGUAACCAGGCCCCUGCGCGCUCGCGGCGAUGACGCCGUUAAGCCACAGCCUGAGGCGCAGUCAUCCCAGCAGCUCAAGCCGCAGCCCUCUGUGCUACAGCGCGUGCGGUCCCGGGGCGCGGGGACCAUUCCCGGCAGCGGCGCAGGCGGCUGGGACAGUGAGGGGUGCGUGUUCGUGGAGAACGCGCUGCUGGAUUCGUACAGCUGGCACGGCAUCAAGAAGCUGUACGCGUACGGCAUCUUCUUCAUCAUCACUUUCCUGGCUGUGUGGUUCCAAACCGAGACCGGCGCCACGGCCUUCAAGAGCAGCGUCAUUGCAUCCUUCGCGUCCUACGACACGGGUAACGCCUGGGAGUCCUCCAACCUCAACGGUGUGGGCUCCACCUCCGAAGCCUUCGAGUACAUGAUCCAGUACCUGCAGAACGCGCUGCGCAGCUCCGGCGAGGUGGCGCCCGAGGCCGGCAGCUUCCUGUACCUGGGCGACUUCGCGCACGUGACCUAUGCGCAGCUGGAGAUCAAGUUUGCAAGCACCUGCCCCUCUGCGGACGCCAAGAGCAGAGUGCGUGAGACUAUGCAGAAGCUGCGCGGUAGCCUCACGCCGCUGCUCGAUGACACCAACCUGAGGAGGUACACGCUGGGAGGCGCUGCGGCGGGCGGUGGCGGCGUGUCUGAUCUGCCCACAACCGUGCCGCUGCUGGGCGUGAAGCAGCAGCUGCCCACCUCACAGCUCACGUCCGGGAUCCUGGAUCUUGCGGACAAUUGCGUGGAUCUGUCGCCACGAACCCUGGUCGUGGAUCCUGCCGACGGCCCCGAGGACCCGCUGACCAACAACAUCCGCAACGUGUUGUUCAACAGUCGGUACAGUCAGGAGCUGUCAGACUUCGAGGUGGACUACUACUCGUUCCUGGACCUGGUGGGACGGCUCACGCGCAAGGAAGGGCCGGGCAGCGGCGGCGCGCAGCCGUACGACUACUACGAGGACGGUUCGGGAGUUUUGGACCUGCCGCCGGAUGGCAAGACAUGUGCCGCCGGCUACAUUCGGCGCUGCGCCCCCAUCGCGGGCGGCGGCGGCGGCGGGGGAGGCGGCGGCGGCGGCGGCGGAUCGGAGCAGCAGGCGGGUGCCGCUGGCAGCGCUUGCUUUUGCGCGCACCCGGAGACGGGCCUGCCGCGCACACUGCGGGCCUACAUGCAGGAGGACGCGGUGAAAGGCUACAGCGCCCCCGGCAGCGGCGGGGCGGCCGCGAAGGCGCCGCGCAUUUUCCGGCGGGAUGCCAAGAACCGGGCGGUGGUGGAGCUGGUGCGGCUGUGGCCGGACUUUGCGGGCAAGGUCAGCCUGGAGGAGAUGAAGGAGUCUCUGGCCUACCUACUGGGAUCCUGCCGCGGCGUGGUGGGCAAGUACGCGACGCAGGUGCAGCUGGGGCUGCACGCACACGACCGCCGCAACAACGACAGCAACGUGCUGUUCUACAUGGAGGCCACACGCGACUCGAACCGCGGCCGUCUGGAAACGCGGACGCUGUCGCUCACAUACAACCUCAACUGGCGCCCUGCGGGCAACUUCUUCAUGGCGAUGGUCAUCUUCGCCUCAAUCGCCGACAUCGUGGCCACAGUGCACGCGGUGCUGCUGGCGCGGCAGCAGGGACGUGGGCUGUGGGCCUACAUCGUUUCGGGAUCCAGGCACCCCUUCACGUGGCACGGCAUGGACAUCCUGCACCAGCUGACCAUGGUGGCGUGGAUCUGCAUCUGGCUGCACCUGCACGCCGUCACCCGCGCCGCCAUGGCCAGCUACCCGCAGAGCGCAAAGGAGCUGGCCUCGCUGUCCUCCUCCGCGCAGCUGUUCACGGCGUGGCUGUACAUGGGGCUGGCCAUGUUCCUGAUUGCGGGGCUGCGCAGCCUGAGGUACCUCAAGCACCACGACGGACUGCGCAUCUUCUACACGCUCUUCAGGCUUGCCUAUUACGACAUCCUGGAGUUCGCGACCUUCGUGAUCGGCAUUGCGGUGCUGCUCGCCACAGCCAUCUUCGGUGUCUUCAUUAUCUCCGGCGGCAACAGCGUGUUCACGGCGUUUGGGUCGGGCCUGUCCGCCCUGACACGCCUGUCCUUCGGCUUCUUGGAUUACGACACAUUCGUGAAUAGCGGAAACGGCAUGGGCUCCUACGGCGCCGCAGUGGUGGUGCUGUUCUGGGUGAGCGUGCUACUGCUGGUGCUGGUUGUGCAGAACACGCUGCUGGCGAUCUUCACGCGCGCCUACGAGACGGCCAAGCAGGGCGCGGCGGCCAGCGGUGCCCAGGACUCCAUCUUCCUGCUGCACGCGUUCUACGACUUCUGCUUCCUCCUCACCUACCGCGCCCGCAACUACUUGCUCACGCUCGUGUGGGCGCUGGUCACGGACCCGCUCGGUGUCACGUGCUACGACGCCCACCUACGCAAGCAGCAGGCGCGCGCGAAGGCCGCCAGUCCCGGCGAGAAGACGCAGGGCUCGGUGGGGACGACGGGCAGGGUAGCGGGUGCCGGUGAGGCGCAGGGGCGGCUGCCGGGGCCGGGCGGCAGCAGCGGAGCGGGCAUGCAGCAAUGGGUGUACUGGAGCCGGGCCUACGCGCUGCAGAACGGCGUGAGCGAUGAUGCCGUGUCGGAUGCGGAUGGCUUGGUCGUGGGCGGCUCGAGUGGUGGCGGCGCGCCUGCGGCUGGCGGCGCGGGUGCUACUGCUGGCCUGGGCGUGGGCACCGCCGCCAGCGGCACCAGCCCCGGCCAGCCGGAGCUCCAGCGCGCACAGACGUUCCGCAUGGCCGGCGAGCAGGAGCAGCAGCAGCGGCUGGGCUCCAUCCGGCGCUACCUGCGGCCGCAAGUGACGCAGAACGGCCGCCCGGGCCCGGGCUCCGCAGGCGGCGCGCAGCAGGCGCCUGUGGCGCUCACAGCUGCGUCGCACAGCGGUGACCUGGGUGCGGGUGCGGGCACGGGUGCGGGCCCAACCCCGUCCCCGCAGCCCUCCUUGCCUCUGUCGAGUCCCGCUGGCGCGGCCGACCCCGCCCAGCAACCCCCCCAGCCCCAACAGCCCCAACUCCAGCCCCAACAGCCCCUGCCCCAACUCCAGCCCCACCCCCAGCAGCCCCAGCCCCUGCCCCAGCCCGCGUCCAGAGCCGUCCCUGCCUGGCGCCUGGCGCUCUGGCGGGCGGGCUGGUACCUGUACGGCCUGCCGUACCGGCUGCGGCUGUACUGGGCGGAGGCGCACCUGCGCGACUUCGAGCUGCUGGCGGCGGGCGACGCCCGGAAGGCGGCGGCGCCCAGCAGGUUUGUGCAGCAGCAGCGCCAGAAGCUGCUCAUCCUGAGCAAAGGCAGCACGCUGCGAGACCCCACCCGCACCUUCUCCUUCACGCUGGCGCGCUGGCGCCUGGCCUCCAGCCCGCAAAUGGCGGCGCUGGUCGCGUUCUUUGACGACGAGGCAAUGAGCCGCCUCAACGUGCUGCCGGUUCACGCUGUGGAGGAGGCGCGGAGCGAGGCGGCCGCCGCCGCAGCAGCCGAGCUCGCAACGAGAGCGGCAAACAAGCCAAUCGCCUUGAGUUACUCAGUUGCCGCAACUCACCUGACACCGGGCACCGCGGCUGGAGGACGUGACGGGGCGGACCCGGCGCCUGGCGGCAGCAGCCCCGCCGGCGGCGGCAGCAGCACCGGUGGCGGCGUGGGCCUGCUUUCUGAGGGCUCCAACAAGGCCCUGCGGCCGGCGCCUGUGCUGGCCGUGCUUGCGGAGGAGCCGGAGGAUUUGGAUGACAGCACAGCUGGUGACGGCGGCGGCAACGGCAGCGGUCACCGCGCCGGCUCCGCCGCCGCAGGCAACAAUGAGGCGGCGCCGCCGCCGCCGCCACUGACCGCGGCGGCGGCCAGGCACCAGGCGAGCCCUUUUGCAACUACCGAGCCGCCGGCGGCGGCACUGCUGGCGAUUGAGGCGGCCGGCAAGGUCCCGCGCUUGAGCUCCGGCGGCGGCGCCAAGGAGGGCGGCGGUGCGGCUCGCGGCGGCGGCGGCGCGGCGGAGGAGGGCCAGCCGCCGGAGGAGGAGGAGGCGGACCUGGCGGACCUGGAGGACGCGGAGGCGGUGUACAGCAUGUGGCGCCUGAGGUUCAGGGGCAGCGGUGGUGGUGGCGGCGGCGGCGGCGGCGGUGGCGGCGGCGGCGGCGGCGGCGGCGGCGGCCGCCUUGCGCCGAUGGGAAGCAGCAACGUCGCGGCCGCCGCCGCUGGUGGCGGCAGCGGUGCGGCUGCGCAGUGGGGCCCGGUGCGGCUGCUGCCUCAGCUGCAGACCUUCUCCUCGCGGCCCAAGAAGGCGUCGGCGCGCACCUCCGCGCCCGUCAAGGUAGCGCCGGCGACACCGCCGCCGCCCUCCUCGCCGCCGCCGCCGCCCGGCAAGGGCGCCGCGCCCGCGGCGGCGCCGCUGCAUGCGGCACACGUGCACCCGAUGGAGGAUGAGGUGGCGGACCCAGACCGGGCGUCGGUGGUGCUGCUUGACACAGUGGAGCUCAAAUUUUACGUGGAGGCCUACGAGGCGGAGGUGAUGCGGCUGCUGGUGGAGGGGCCGUGCCGCGCGGGCCUGGCGCUGCAGGCGCAGGUGGAGCGCGCGUGGCAGCGCUGCUGGGACUACAAGCAGCAGCACUUUGGCCGCCCCCGCGCCAGUGCCGCCGCCGCCGCGGCUGCGUACGGGGGCGCGGUUGCCCCCGCGCCGCCGCUGGCGCCCGCUGACCCGGCUCCGGUUGCCGAUGAUGGCAGUGGCGCGGGCGGCAAGGGUUCGUCGCCGCCGCCCUCGCCGUCGCCGGGCCCGGGGCCGCAGCCGUCACCGGGGCCGGAGCAGCAGCAGCAGCAGCAGCAGCAGACGCAGACGCAGACGCAGACGCAGCAGCAGACGCAGCAGACGCAGCAGACGCAGCAGCCGCUGCAGACGCAGCAGCAGGCUUCGCCUGUGGUUGCGGGGUGGCGGCAGCGGCUGUCGAGCUGGUGGAGGCGGAGCUGGUGCGGGCGGGCGGCCACGCUGUCGGGGCUGUGGUGCAGGGCCGUGUUCAUGACCACCCGGCCCAACCCCUUCUGGCCCUUCCUGGCAAGCUCGCUGGACGGACACGAUGAGAACCUGAAGAAGCUGGUGCGUGCGCUGGUGGCGGUGUACGGCCCCAUGGCACCGCGCAUCAGCGAGCGCCAGCAGCGCGAGCUGGCGGAGCUGCGGGGCAGCCGAGCGCAGGUGCGCAGCAUCCGCAAGCUGCUGCAGUCCAAGCAGCCGGGGCAGCAGCAGCUGCUGGCGCUGGGCCAGACGGGGCGCAGCGGCGUGCGGGGCGGCGUCGCGUCGGCGACGGACCCGCGCGCAUUCCUGGUGCCGCGCGUGUCCUUCAAGCCCGAGGUGGCCUCCCCCGCGGCGGCACAUGCGGCGGCCAUGCCGUCGCCGGGCGGGUAUCAUCAGGGGCCGGGGCGUGAGGAGGGGGCGACGGUGGUGGAUGUGGAGCGGCUGCUACGGGACGCGAUGGAGAAGGCGCUGGCGGCCGCGCUGGCGGGGGGCGCGGCCGCGGGCUCCUCGGCGGCGGCGGCGGGUGCGGCGCGGCAGCAGGUGUAGCUAGCUAGCUAGCUAGCAGGCAGGUGUAGCAGGUGGCGGCAGGCGGUCCCUACUGGGCGUUGGGCAUAUGCAGCGUGCGCCGCGGUGAGGGAUACUGCUUAUGGUGUGGUGUAUGGGUAAGGUAUGGUAAGGUAUCGUGUAGGACGCCGCCAGGCAGUGCGAAGUGCGCAGCAGCAGGUGCGUAAAUCUGACGCUAGGACAUCCUGGAGAUAGAGGUCUAACGCACCAUGGGAGGUUUGAGGCCCCGUGGUGCGCCAUAGCCGGUAGGACACUGCUGGUGCAGGCGCGGGUGGUGCGGGGGCCCUUCAAUUAUUGUGCUUGGUGGCCUGAACUUGGAUGAACUUGGAUGAACUGUGAUGCCGGCAUGAGGCGGGGAAGGAUUGUAACAGAUAUGAUCAUAUGAUAUGCGCGGCGGUGGCUAUACGGUAGUCUGGUGUGGACCUGGUGUGCCCUGCUCCUUGUGGGAGGAGUGGAGCGUCCUAUGGGAGCCUUGCAAUACUUGAGCUAGAGCAGGCCGACGGCGUUGCAGGCGGCGGCACGCCCCUGGGGUCCAGAGCAGGGUAGGUGAUCGUUUUCCGGCACUGGCUCGUGAACUGCGUCAGCGGGUCCCUCUUGUAACCAAUGCAAUAU